AAAUAAAUAAAAAAAAAUUUUUGUCCUACACAAAUGACGUGUAUACAUAUGUGAAGAAAAUAAUUCGCGAAUUAUUCGAUCGAAUAUGAUUUAUAUAUGAAUUCGAAUUUUGUCAUAUAUAUAUUCGGGUAGUGUUUGUCCAGAAAAAAAACCAAAGCUUCCAUCAUGUAUUGUGUUAUUAUGCCAAUAAUUUUUCUACAAUUUAUGGCCAUUUUGUGGCUCAAUGAAGGAUUUCGUUUCGAAGAUAAACAUCAUUAUCAUCAACCAGCAACAGUAAAAGAACAUGAAAUGAUUACAUCCUCCAGUCAUGUAUCGAUGAGUCGGUUACAUGGAAUAUUACCAGUGUUUCUUGCAGCCAUCCUAUUUGUCGGUUUUUUUGCCACAUUGAUUAUAUUCAUGUGGGGAUGUAAUCAACGUAAUCCUCAUGAUCAUUUUACUUAUGAUUCAUUAAGAACUUCAACAGGGAGGCCUAGUUCGACAUUUACCACAGGUAUGAGUGGAACAACAACCAAUGCAACAACAGCAACAACAAAAACAUCCGAUAAAAAAAAUCGAACAAUGACAACAACCACAACGACGACGACAUUGACUACAAGCAAUACUGAUUCAUCAAAUACAUCGAAAACUAUGGCCAAAUAAAAUAAAUUCGAUGUUGUUGAUUUGGAA